AUGGACUUUUGGAGUUAUGCUCCAGAAGGAAAAGGCCUUCUGUUUGCUGAUGAAAUAGAUUUAUCUGUUGAUGCAUUUGCAAGAAGUAGAAAAGCAUUUAUAGGAUGGGAUACAGAAUCAGUUGAGAGUACAGAGUUUAUAGAUUUUGGUUUCUCUGAAAUUCCGAGAAAGCCUUUUCAUGGUAGCAAAACGGGUGUGGGGAUGUUUGGUGGUAGCGAUGUUAGUAUCAAUUCGAGUAAACUAGCAGUAGGUUCUCCUAAUUUUAUGAUGGCGUCCAAUUCAUCCAUGGAAUCUGGAUCCAAUCAUUCCAAUUCUCUCAUGGAAUCUAAUAGUCAGGAUUCAUCACUGAUUGAUCUGAAGCUAGGGAGAUUGGCUGAUUGCAAAGAUGCACAGGGUAGUAUGUUUUCAAAAGAGAAAGUAUUGUUAUCUUCAGUGAGCCCAACUGCUCAGGCAAAGCGUGCUCGAACCACGUGUUCACGCUCUCAGACUUCCUUUUGCCAGGUCUAUGGUUGUAACAAGGAUCUUAGUUCCUCAAAGGAUUACCACAAGAGGCAUAAAGUCUGUGAGGUUCACUCGAAAACUCCUCAAGUAAUUGUUAAUGGCAUUGAACAGAGGUUUUGUCAACAGUGUAGCAGGUUUCACUUGCUGGUUGAGUUUGAUGAUGGUAAGCGCAGUUGUCGUAAACGCCUGGCAGGCCACAAUGAACGUAGGAGGAAGCCUCAAUUUGGUACCCUCUCUGUCAAGCCGCAUAAGUUACUGCAUCCAUAUCAAGGGACCAAAUUUCUGGGGACUUCCUUGCCAAAGAGAACAUCUUUUCUUUUUCCAAACAUGCUUCCAGGUGGUACUUUUUGUCCAAAAAGCUACGAAGAAGAUAAUUGGUCUAGGCAUGUUAAAUUGGAAGAGAAUUCAAUUUACAGCUCUCCAUCAGCAAUAUCCAUAAGAAAUGGGCAGUUGCUGCCAAAGUCACUCCUCCAUCUGCAUGGCAAGGGGAUACAAAAGACUUGUGGAAUUUCUCCACCAGCAACUGAAGACUACACUAUUUCUAACACAGCAACAACUAUUCAUGAGUUCGCUGGGGUGUCGCACUCUAGCUGUGCUCUCUCUCUUCUGUCAGCUGAAUCACAGGACUUGAGCCGUUCUGCAGGAAAUAUAAUGGCUAGGCCCUUGAUCAGUCAAGUGGGUCGUGCCCGUCAGAGCUUGGGUAUUGCUAACAAAUCUUUAGGGGUAGGCUCUUCAGAAAAGUACGUGCCAAAUGGAAUCAAUUCAUCGGGAAUGAAUUUCAUGGAAGUCAACAAUAUGGGGCCAUUUGUGGUUUCUGGUUCUGGUCAUGCUGCUGACCUUCAAGUUGAAACAGAUGGAUUUCUACAACAGUCAGAUUUUUCUAAUUCCAAGUAUUGUGAUUCUCCAGAAAAUGGAUCGACUGUGGAUUUGUUUCAAUUAUCAUCACAUCUUCAGAGGAUGGAGCAACGGAGGAACUCUGUGGAAGUGAAGCAUGAAAAUGAGGAUUUCUCCAGUUUUGGUGUCACUUACGGGGUUUUAAUACAAUCCUCCACCUCUGGUGUUGUGGAUGGAAUAUCAGUUUGGUCCUUGAAAACUCCUGCAACUCUCGAGUCAUUUGCAUUAGUGAAAAAAAGGAAACAAGAAACCUAUCCCGAAGUUCUGGGAGCUUUGACCCAACAUGCUUUGGAAUUGGAAUGGAUUGCUUUUCCGCCCUUGGUAUUAUUAAUAUUGCUUUCUUUACUCUACUUCCAACUGAAGCAAAAGGUCAAGUGGCCACCUCAUCCACUCCUUAAAGGGAGCUCUCCCCUUUUCUUCUUGGUGGUCGGGGAUUGUGGACGAAGACUUAUCUUCUUAUCCGGCCAAUUCGGGCUAACUUGUGUUGCCAUUGGGUACAAGUUGGUCUCUGAUCCAAUGAUGUCACUAAUGACGCAUGCUAAUGGCACAUGA